AUGGGGAGGUUGGAUGCAUGCUAUGACUGAAGUGGUUGACAAAGAUCCGGGGCUAUUGGUGGUACACAGAAGUAAUGAGGAUGGGAGGAAAGCUGCUGCUCUGAAAGGGAGAAAAUGGGCUGGAGGAAUUGGGAUACCUUCAAGCUGGGAGGGGGCUCAAAAUUGGUAUUCAUUUCUGAGCAGCUGCUGGUAUGUCAGAGGCUUGGAAUUGGCAUGGUAAAUCUAAAACCGUCUCAGCAGUGGUUAGCUGACCUCACCCAAGUUCCAAGCCCUACUCUGCUUGAUCCUUUUUUCUUGAGCCUCAGAGCUAAAAUGUUCCUGAGCUCUUUCCUAUUGGCUGGGCAGACCAAUUGAAGUUCCCUUGCCCAUGUUAGGAGGUGUACGCCUCCUGAACUAAAGAUAGAAACAGCUGGCCCUUCCAGGCAGCUAAAAGCCUCCAGACUAAGAGGUGUUCCCCACUCGGCAGCCAGACUCCUUGAAACACCCUUUCAAUAAUUCUACCAACGCCUCCAUGUCUCUACUCUGCCGUAACAAAGGCUGUGGGCAGCACUUUGACCCCCAAACCAACCUUCCUGGUGAGUAAUCCUGACCUUGUCAGGAGCUCUGUGAGUGCUGGGGGAGUUGUCAGCUGUGGGCAGUCUGUUGAAGAAAGAAAAGAAAAAUGUAGUGUACCUGCCAUAGUUAAUUGGUCUGAGUGAUUUUCAGUCUUUACUGAUUUUUUUUACAUCAUAUGGAAAGACUGUAAGCAUAUAAACCUGGAAAAAAGGUAAGAAGUGAUGUUUGGUAUAGUAUCUUUCCUUUGAUCCUUCUACCGGUAUCCACAGAUUCCUGUUGCCAUCACCCUGGGGUCCCAAUCUUCCAUGAUGCACUUAAGGUGAGGAAUAGGCAAGGGGGGGAUAGCAAGAGCAUUUCGCAAAAGAAAUAUAGCCAGGAAUCUAAGCUGAGCUGGAUCUCUUGUUAUCAGGGUUGGUCCUGCUGCCGGAAGCGAACUGUAGAUUUCUCUGAGUUCUUAAACAUCAAGGUAAAUUCUUUACUUCCUGGGAUUCUGCCCCUAACAGAAGGAUUCUAUCCCUAAUCCUCUCUCCUUAUCUGUACUAGGGCUGUACUGUGGGACCACACUGUGCUGAGAAGCUCCCUGAGACCCCUCAACCUGAGGGCCCUGCCACAAGCAGUUCACUUCAGGAGCAAAAACCUCCGAAUACGAUUCCAAAGUCAGCAGAGACUUUGCGCCGGGAGAGGCCCAAGUCAGAGUUGCCUCCAAAGCUGCUUCCGCUAAAUAUAUCUCAAGCCCUGGGAAUGGCACUGGAACAGAAGGAAUUAGACCAAGAACCUGGAGCAGGACUUGACAGUAGUCUGAUCCAGACUGGUGCCAGCUGCCAGAACCCAGGAUGUGAUGCUGUUUACCAAGGCCCGGAGAGUGAUGCUACUCCAUGUACCUACCACCCAGGAGCACCUCGAUUCCAUGAGGGGAUGAAAUCUUGGAGUUGUUGUGGUAUCCAGACCCUGGAUUUUGGGGCAUUCCUGGCACAGCCAGGGUGCAGAGUUGGUAGACAUGACUGGGGGAAGCAGCUGCCAGCGUCUUGCCGUCAUGAUUGGCACCAGACAGAUUCCUUAGUAGUGGUGACUGUGUACGGCCAGAUUCCACUUCCUGCGUUCAACUGGGUGAAGGCCAGUCAAACUGAGCUUCAUGUCCACAUUGUCUUUGAUGGUAACCGUGUGUUCCAAGCACAGAUGAAGCUCUGGGGGUAUGGUGUAGCUGAUGUGAAGACUUCAAGUGCUGCAGCCCUUUUGCUACCAAGAAGGGAGUCAGAUUUACAGUGGAGCUCGCACUUUGGAUGACUGAACUGACAGAUGGAAGGAAAUUAGGUCCCUGGUGAUAUUGUUGAUCCACAAAAUCAAACCAAUUUCAGAGCUCACUCAUCCCCUGGAAUUUGCAGUUAUUUGAACUGAUAAAUCCUCUUUAUUUAUUUAUUUAUUUAUUUAUUUAU